AUGAAGAUACGAAGAAAGUCAUCCCGUUAUUCCGAUUCUGUGAGGAGCAGUAAAUUUGAUUAUGAAGAAGAAUGCUCUCAGGAGCGGAGAGAUAAGAAUUGGUUCCAUACUCUAUUCCGAUGGAUAAUUACCAUCAACGGUGAUCCUAUAAUAAAUGAGACAAACAAUGCAAGAAAUUAUAGAUAUCUUCCAACUACUACAAACUACAUAUUUUUCCUUGGUGGACGAUUUAGACAAGUGAAGGAUACUCAAUAUUUAUCGUUGGGUGUUUUACUAAUAAUAAUUAUCCCCAUGGUAUUAUUUUCAAUUUUUGAAACAGGGAAACUAUGGCAUACAGAAAAGGGUUAUAAAUUGUUAGUGAUUUGGUUUUAUUACAUUUGGGCCAUCUGUCUUGGUUCAUUCAUAAAGACUGCUACGAGUGACCCCGGUGUAUUACCACGUAAUGUUCAUCUGGGGUCUGUACAAAGAAAUUUCCAAAUCCCACAAGAAUAUUACAAUCAAAUUACUCUACCCACCUUCCACACAGACUGUAACAUUGUUUUAAAAUAUUGUAAGACCUGCAGAAUAUGGAGACCACCAAGAUCAUCGCAUUGUUCCAUUUGUGAAACGUGCGUUCUCAUGCAUGAUCAUCAUUGUGUUUGGGUAAAUAAUUGUGUAGGACAGAGAAAUUACAGAUACUUCCUCACUUUCUUAACAAGUUCCACGUUAACCUCUAUAUUCCUUAUUGUCAACGCAGCCAUAGACGUGGCAAGAACUCCGGAUGUGACGGAUACACCCGUGGCGGUGUUAUUAAUUGUCUAUGGGUUUCUCACGAUAUGGUACCCGAUGAUUCUACUAAUGUACCAUGUGUUCAUGACGGGGACGCAACAGACCACUCGAGAGUAUUUGAAACAGAUUGGGUUCAAGAACCCAGUGUUCCACAAGAUCAAGCGCAGACCGGACAACCCGUUCGAACGAGGAGGCUUCUUCAAGAACAUGGGGUCGCUAAUGCUACAAGUCAGGGGCAAUGCCCUUGUGAGUGCUCGACACAGAGACCAUGCUGGCACAGACUGGACUCAUAUGGACCUGUCAACGUCCUUCCAGAUGGUGAGUGGUCACCCGGAAUCUAACGAAACCGCGGCUUAA